GCAUACAACACCAAGGACCCAGAAGCAGGAUGAUCAGAAUCCACAAAGAUAUUUCAUUUUACUGACACACGGAGCAUGUGCAAAGCAUAACACACAGGAAACAGGCAAAACAUCCUGACACCAAUGACAAUGCGAGAACCCCUUAGAUACCCAGAUAUAAUUACAAAUGGAAACCGACUGCACAGAAUAACAAAUACACCAAACUCUUGACAGAGAUAGGAAGGCACCAAGUGGCAAGGUGAGAACUCCAGGUCUAAAAGGCAUCACAGAGAAGAGACUUUUUAACCAAAAUGACUAAAGAGGUCCAUUCGAUCAGCAAUAAAUCCAGUCAAAAUCCAUUAAUGGGCAGAAUCAGGUCAGGGCUCAAAGACGUACACAGACGAGUGUUAAAGUCACUAAAAGCAAGAAGCUUUAAACAAGGUUUACAUAGGAGUUGACUAAUGAUUGAUGACUGCUCCAAUUUAGGAGAAACAUUUAAUUAAGACGAGCGACAGCAUGACAGAGUGGCAGGAGGAUGACACAAAGAUGGUUAGGUUCAUCUCAGAAAAACGUUUAAGAACCUCCCUCUAGUUGUUGCUGAGUUUCACACACAUAACCAAACAGAUCAACACACAUGUUCUUUGCUAUUUCAUAACAGAAGAGGAUGUCUUUUUUUACUGACUAGAGUUGAAUAAAAAAAAUUAUAUUAUGACUUCAAAGUGCUUGGGGCAGAACAGACUCCAUGCACAUAUCAAUCCAACCACAAUGAAAGCACAGUGAAAAUAACUACUAACACUAAAGAAAAAGAAACCCCAAAAUGUUAUUUUACAGUACUGAGCCUGUUUUAUCACCUUAACAUUGAAUUAUUGAUAUUGUUUUGUUUUGUGCUGUGCAACACUACUUAUUUCAUAUUCAGCGCACUCACUAAAGAACAAGAGAUGUUCACUGCUGGGGAAUGUUUCCAGCACAAAUGCAUUCAAUAUUUUAGGUGAAAACUAAGUCGAAAGGGUAGUUGAAAAAUCCACGCAACUCUUCAAUAAAAAAGUUAUCAGUUCUUUUAAUGAAAAGACUGUGAUUGACCACUACAAACACUAGAGGGCAGCCUUCAUCUGUCCUCACUUGUUGCCUCUUUCUUUCAGAAGGUCAAAAGAAUGUAUGGAGAGUAAUCAGGAGAUUUGGGGCACACAAAAAAACUGUGUCUUUAUGUUUUUACUGGUUUGUGAAUCAUCCUGUUAACCGGUUACCACAUCAUUGAAAGUAUGCACACCUUCUAAAUCCAUCCUGUCUGGUUCUUGCAUGCAAAACUGUAACGCCCCUUCUGCUGCUCUUAGCAGGGUUAGAUGGGGUCUAAAGAAAAGAAAAAAUCUAGAGGAGGGUCAUAUAGAUAACACAAAAAAGAAAGAAAAAAAGAAAAGACUCCUGGAACAAAAGUGCAUCCCAGAGGGAGGAGGUGAAACAGAGAAAAUAAGAGUCUGGCAACAAUGUGAAGACUGGAAAUGAGAGACAGGACCAACAGAGGCUCUGGCCGGAUGGAUGUCUCAGCCAUGUGCCUGAUGCUGACGCUCGCCUUAUCUGUCCUUUUUCAUCCUCAUGUGGCUUUGGGAGGCAGAGCUCAGCGCCGACAGCGACAAGCUGAAGAAACCCUCAGACCGUACAUUGGCAGAGUACAGCCUGAAAAGCUUUGUGAGCUCUUGAAGUGCCACAGCCCAGUGGGCUCCUGGUGCCAAGUGGUUCCAGAGAAUGGAAUCCUUAAACCUAAGUGUGUUUGUCCUCAGUCCUGUCCACGGCAGAGGGAACCAGUGUGCAGUGUUCUGGGAAAAACCUAUGGGAAUGAAUGCUUCCUUCACAAAGAAGCCUGCAGAAAGAGACGUCGCACAGGGCUGGCUCACAUGGGACCCUGUCUGGUCUCCAAGAGUGAAUGCUCUGAGGAGGAGUUAGGCCAGUUUCCUUUUCGUCUGCUGGACUGGUUCCUGCUUCUGACUCGGAUGGGAAAGUCCUACGUACCCGCAGCUCUGCCCCAGAGCUGCCUCAGCUAUGCCCAGAGGACACAGCUGGCGCAGGAAAGAUUCAACUUACUAGACAAAAACAAAGAUGGGAAGUUAAGCCGGAGGGAUCUGAAAAAGCUGCAAUACAAGAGGAUGCCUUUGGAGCAUUGUGCAGAGCCGUUUUUCAAGUCAUGUGACCGGAACAAGAACAGGAAGGUGACCCUGAAGGAGUGGACAAACUGCCUGGUGGAUCGUUCAGAGGACUGGUUCUACCAUUUCAUGUCAGUGAAAAUGGGUUCCCCCAAGCUGUGCACUACUAUCAAAGGCAGAGAAGAGAAGCAGACAUAAACAUCAACUUUUCUCCUCCAUCUCUGUGGUGCAGCGUUUUCAUGAUAUCAUUUAUUGUGAAUAUGGUUGUUGUUCAAUGUACAUUUAUAUCUCAAAUGGGACAAUUAAAUGUCUAAAAAGGCUGGCUCCCAAUUACAUUUACUGCUAAUUACAUUUGCUGACAUUUGUGCAAAUAUGCUGUAAAAGAGCGAGGACAAUAGGCAAUAUUGAAACCAAAUGGAUGCGGCAUGCUUUGAAUAACUAAUUAAAAGAGAAAAUCAUAGGAGGGUAGACAGAAACAUAAAGGCAGACAAAGUAGUUGGCAAAGAAGGAUUAUUGAGAGGAGAAAUGCUGAGUGGGAUGUGAUGUCACCAGAGGAGAAAACAAAGGAAUGAUAAAGGGGUGGAGAAAUUUGAAAAAAUGAAGGAGGAAAGGAAGGAAAGGGAUGGAAAGAAGGGAGAAAAUGUGUUUGCGAAAGAUGGGAAGGCGUAAUGCACUGUAAAUGGAAGUUGAGAGUAAUGGAGUAAUGCAUAAAAAAUGGAUCAGAAAUGAGGGAAAGAUGGAGAACAUAGAGUGUGGGGAGGGGGAGUCGGCUGCAAAAGCAGGGGGGAACUGAGGAGAAGAUGAAACUCAAGAAAGAAGCACCCGGGCUUGAUCAGUAAAUAAGAUCUUAGAGAGUGAUGCAAAAUAGAUGAAACACUUUGCCACUGUCAAACUAAAAAAAAAGCACGCAUAAUGCUGGCUUGCUGACUUUUUCAGUGCACGGCAUCAAUAAAACAGGCAGCUCCUAAAACUCUUGUUGAAAUGUAUCUAUUUGGGUGUUGAUGUGGUUGCUUUGAUUUCGCCAGGAGGAUGUGUGUGUCCUGCAGAGGACUACUCAGGGUGGUUGGCUCCUCUGGACUAAUUAGCCUGCAAGUUGGUCAUGCCUAAAGGAUGAGGCGUGCAAAAAAA